UUUCAACAUCUACAAGGGUGGGGUAAGUCAACAGGAUUGGAACCUGUGGAAGAGAUGAGGCGGUGCCACAAUUUCAACCAGCCACAACAAGGCUGUGCGCGAAUGGUCCUGUGCAUCCAGGCAACACAGUUAUUGCUUUUGAACCUGAACCUGAAAAUCUAAGAAACGCCUACAUUAAUAUUUCUCAUGUCCUUGAAUAAAAGUUCUUCGCUAGUACAUCUGUCAUUCCUGCAAUGCCACCCAAACGCAAACAUCCCUCCAAAUUCCACCACCAACCCGUCUCCACCUGCCCCCACACAAUCCUAACCCUCCACCCCUCUCCUCACGCCACAACAAUCAAUUACAAAGGCCCGACACCGCGUCAACGCUCUAGCGCGCUAUCGACCCCAGGCUCUAACUCAGACCCCCAUCUCAAAGGCCUCAAUGAUUAUCCCGGGAUCCAAUGUUUUCCAGCGCCCUUAAUCCUACCAGAUGAUGAUCUCGCAGACGAUCCUACAUAUCCGCCACAAAGCCUUACAUCCUGGAUGCGAGGGAAAUGGCGAAAUGAAGUUACGGAUAAGAGAAGGACGUUGUAUGUCAUUUCGCCGCCGAGGAUAGAGGAGGGGCUUGGGGAGAUAGGGAUGAGGAUAGGGAUGGAGAGUCUGGUCGAACAACUGACUGGGCAGGCGGAGGGGAAGGGAAAGAAACUUCGAGAUGUGAAAGAGCCAGGGGCGGAGGAUGUUGUUCAAUAUCUGCAAGCGUUUUACCACGGGUUACCGGUGAAAUUGUUUCCACAAGAAGAUGCAGAAUUCACAACCUGGAACUCUGGCUCCAGCUCAAACUCAUCUCAAAAGCGCCCUAGGAGACGAGGAAAAUGCGACGGUUCGGCUAUCGCUCUCCGCCACAAAUCCUCCUUAACAAGAAUCCGCACCCGCUCCAAAAACUCCAUCCACCAGCUUAAUCUUGACGACCUGCUUGACGCAGCAAUCGAAAUGGUGCCCCCGGAUGCUUACGCGGUAUUGAUGUUAGUAAGUCAGGAUCUAUACCAGAGCGCAGAUGAUGAGUUUGUUUGUGGGAUGGCGAUUGGAGGGAGUAGAGUGUGUGUUGUUAGCAUGGCACGGUAUAAUCCAGACCUGGAUGGAGUGAUGCAAGUCGAGAGGGAACAUGCUUGGCCUGCAAGCCACUGUCUCAGCUACGUGAAUGGCUGCUGUGAGGAUGAGGGCGGCGAGGAAGUGCGGCCGGUGAAGAAGCAGAAGAAGGCGAGGACACAGGUCAAACACAUACCCCAUAACUCGGAUACCACGACUUGUGAAAACCUCCCCACUCUACACGAAAGACCCCUAAAUGCCGCAGUGCAAACGCACAUCUCUCUCCCACCAAUCUCUGCAGCCUCCUCUCCAACCUCCAUAACAAACCUCUGGCUCUCCCGCGUCUGCCGCACUGCGUCCCACGAACUAGGUCAUUGCUUCGGAUUCGACCAUUGCGUCUAUUACGCCUGCAAUAUGAAUGCCUCCGCCUCCAUCCGUGAAGACCCUAGACAAGCACCAUACCUCUGUCCCGUGGAUCUUGAGAAAGUGAGAAGAGUGACUGGGACUGGGGUUGAUAAAUGGUAUGAGAGUAUGGUAGAGUAUUGCGAGGCGGAGGAUAGAGGAGAUGUACAUAUGUUUCGGGCUUUGGGGGGGUGGUGUAGGGCGAUGAUGGAAGUGAGAAAAGGAGAUGGGGGUAGGAGCAGUAGUGGUGUAAGUGGUGGAGGAGGAGGUGGGAAGCAUGAUCCAAUUACCAUAGACUAGCUCGUACCCUUGUACCGGUGUUGCAUAAGCACAACACCAC